UGAUAGGACAGAGGGAGGAGGGAGUAUAAAAGGUCAGCUUUGAGGUGGAGGUGAAGUCAGGCCAAGAGGAAUUUAGUAUAAUCACACAGGACAUCUUACUGCUUUGCAGAUCAUGACUGACUAUGACACAGUUUUGAAAUUCUGGGGUCCGGUGGAGGCGGACUACCCCACCCAUGGGAACAUGGUUCUGACCCGUCUAUUCACGGAGAACCCAGAGACCCAGAUGCUGUUCCCCAAGUUUGCCGGCAUCGCUAAGUCUGACCUGGCCAGUAACACAUCUGUUUCUGCCCACGGUGCCACUGUGCUAAAGAAACUUGGUGAACUGCUGAAGGCCAAAGGCAACCACGCCAGCAUCCUCAAACCUCUGGCUGAAAGCCAUGCCAACAAGCACAAGAUCCCCAUUGGUAACUUCAAGCUGAUCACCGAGGUCAUUGUUAAAGUUAUGGCGGAGAAGGCAGGACUCGAUCCAGCCGGGCAGCAGGCCCUGAGGAAUGUGAUGGCCACUGUCAUCGCUGACAUUGACGCCAACUACAAAGAGCUGGGCUUCAGUGGCUGAAGGUUAAUGUCACGCUGGGGGUCAGAUAACAGACAGACAAGAAAUUGUGCGAGUGCUUUUUUUGAACAUAAAAAGGGUUGAUCUUCUAAAUGAAUACAAAUAUUAAAAAAUCUAAUACAUAAAAUAGCUUCACAAAUGUAUCUUUUUUGCAGAAUUACUACUAGAUUGUGUUAGAUUAUAAAGGUUUUCUGCUCUGUAAUAAACAUGUUUUUUAUUUCAGUUAAAUGAGAUUGAUUGAUUGAUUGAUUGAUUGGUUGAUUGAUUGAUCUUGGAUGAACUGGAACUUGCUGGAAACUCCUAUCACAUACUGCCAAUAAAGGUCUCUAUAGCUUGA